GUAAGUGGGUGUGAACCACCUUUCCCGGUGAUCACAGCUCCGGUAUAGAUACACCUGUCCACUAGCUGGAGUGAUUCUUAUGAAUAGUUGUUUCCAGAACGCAAGUCAAGGUUACUGUCCAGAGGUAUAUUAACUAGACUUGCUCAGCAGAGUCAUGCUGUACACAGAGUUGAUCAGGCUUUGGGAUGAGGCUGUGAGGUUAAUAGAUGCCCGGGACUGGCAGGGUGCUCUCACUAAACUCAACCAGAUCACUGAUCACAACUGUCGCACUCUUUUUGUGGUUGCAUCGGCACACAUUGCCCUCGGCCAGUUGGACUUAGCCAUUAAAGCUCUCGAUCAGGCCCUCGCAAAGGAUCAAUGUCUUGCUGUGGGUUUUUUUCAGAGGGCUGCCGUUCAAAUGAUGGCAAACAAACUGGAGGAGGCAUUGUCUGAUUGUAUUUGGGCUCAGAAGAACAUGAGAGAAAAUCCUGUUAUUGACUACAAACAGCUGGGUCUUCGGUUUAAAAUGUACAGCUGGCAGGUCCUUUAUAACGCAGCAGCAGUUCACUCUAGACUGCAGCAAUGGGACAAAGCCAAAAGCAUCUUGCUGGCGGCUUUAGAGGAGAAAGGAGUGGGACGGAGCAGCCUGGUGGACGCAGCUUUAGAAACUGUUUCUAGGAGAGAGGUGUUGACACCUCUUCUGGUUCCAGAGGGUGAAGUAUUUCGUCCCAGGAAGAAGGAGGUAGAGCAGCUUAAACCAAGGGAUUUCCUGGGUGAAGCUAAGGUCAUAACUUCAUUGAUUCCAAAUGAUGACUUCAGAGGCUUUGAUCCUCUCAGACCACAGAAACCAGGAUACUAUGAGCCAAAGGUAGAAGAAGGCCAGGAGUCUCGUUACAUGACAAUGAAGAACUCAUAUGUGGCUAAGGGAGCAGGAGAGCUAACAGUUCCUGCUGGGGCAGAACUGUUUGUGUACAGUGAUGAGGACAGGGAUGGAUUGGCAAUAGUCAUAUAUGAUGGAAAGAGAGGUCUGGUUCCUAAGUUCAUGCUUGAACCAAGGGCCAAGAAGAACAAGGAUAAAAGGCGGACUGAACUUGCAAGUGGCAUUCCACACCCACCGGCAUUAAAACCCCCAAAUCGACCCCAAGGUUUACUAUCUCAACCUCCACCAGAGUUGCGCCCCUCCUGUGUCAGUGCUGCCCACACAACUCCUCCAAUGAACAACAACUCCACCCACAUCCCUGCCCAGCAGACCUCAACUUCAAUCCAGGAACCUGAAUCAGUCAUAGUGAAGGUACACUACAAAUACACCGUGGCCCUGAAAGUCCCCCUAGAAACGUCUUUCCGAGAUCUGCAAGAGGAAGUGGCUCAAAAAAUAGGACAGCCUGCGACGAACAUUCGCCUUAGACAUAAAAAGCAUGGUUCUGCAGUAUUGACUCCACUGGAUUUAGAUAAUGGACUGGACAGCCUUGAAGAUGUGGCUGAAUUAGGACGUGCCACAAUUUGGUGUCAGCCUGAAGACCCAUUGGCCAACAGAACCAUUCUCUAUCAGAUGGUGGCACUGUAUGACUACACAGGACAGGGCCCAGAAGACCUGGAAUUCAGUGAAGGCGACACAAUUGAUAUUCUCAGUGAAGUGAAUGAGGAAUGGUUAGAAGGACACACUGCUGGAAAUAUUGGCAUCUUCCCUCGAAGUUUUGCUCAUCUGGAUACAUAAAGCAUCAGUUUAAGUGAGGCAUCAACACACUGAUACAGCCCGUAAACAUUAAUAGAGGCCAUAUACUGUACAUAUCGAAUCGAUGAAAAUUGUAUUGUAGAAUAUAUGCAUAAACAUUGUAUAGGGAUAACUAUUACUCUUCUUUCCAAAAUGUAUCUAUUUAUUGAAACAACAGUAUUUUAGUGUUUUCUUUCUGCUGAAGUGUGCCUAUAGUUACUGUACUUGCUGUCUUGUUAAAAAUGAUAUACGGUUUUAAAUGACGUUUACAAAUGUAAGCUCAGGAGGAGGAGUACGCCCAUCUAAUCUUCAAAUUAUUCCCUGGAUAUAAAAGCACUCUUUUCUUCCUGAUAAUUCAGCAUCUCUCCUCCUUUUCUCCUAUAUUAUGAAAUUUUAUUAACUAAGUUCGGGAGGAGCAUGGUCAUGUAAUCCAACCAAUCAGUGCACAGAGGCAUCUAUAUAUAUUUAUAGCCAUCGCUCACCUCUGUCCCGUGACAGUUUUUUGCUGCAUCGCCUCACUCUCAGCUGGUAUAUCUAUCCCAGUUAAGGAGGGGGGAGUACUCUGCCAGCCAAAACUGUUGUACGCUAAGACUAUAUGAGCACACAAACUCGUGAACUGUUAAAGUCUCCAUGUAGUCAAUAAUUGUAUCUCUUAAAACUGCAUAUAUUAAAGUUUUUUCCUGUGA